AUGGAGUACUUUAAACUGCAGCCCGAUAGCGAUAUCGAUAUGGAAAUGGGCGACUCGACUAGUGAACCCAUGGAUACUGCCGACGACAGCCAUAUCAGCCCCCGAGCGCCUUGUCCUACCUCUGUUCCUGCAUCCGCCCUUCUACCUAUCCGAGAUGGUUACCCACCACGAAGAAGCGACCUUGGCGAUAAUCGAGGCGAGGAGGUGGACUCUGAUGCCGAAUUCGCCUCCAUCAUGGCCUCAUCUAUGAUAAACGGCAUUCAUAAUACAACCUCCAAUCCUGUUUCUCCUGGCUCUUCCAGCCCGUCUCUCGACCAAGCCAAGACGUCCGAUUUUGUUCCUCCGACGAGACCGAGUAGCACGCCGUUUCCUCAUCCUGACCAUCGGCACUCAAAGCCAUGUUGUUUUAGCGGACCUUCGGACGGCUCCGAUGAUGAUAUCACGAUUGACUCUACACCCUUUCCCGAUAACGAGCCUGUAGUCCUUCCCCUCCCUGUCGCCGGUUUCAAUCAGCUACCAAUCGAGGUCCAUGAAGCUAUACUAGACCACCUGUUUGGGUACCGCGUUUCCGCAACAUCGCGAAGCUCGAUGACCGUAUCCAACAUAACCAAGAGUUGGGGAACAGCACUAAGACAUUCAAGAAGAAGGGAAUUGACGAGAUUGGCACUUGUGAGUGAUGUCUGGCGGAUUCUUGUCCAACAAAGACUUUAUCGACACAUCAAACUCAAGGCGACGGUGAGCUGUCUGGAGAAUGCCAUGAUUCACCUUGCUUCGCAUGAUCAUCUACAAUCGUAUGUGAAGCAUAUCGAGAUAUGGUUUCCUGUUUUCCAACCAACUUACGGGCCACUCGCUUCAUCAUCCACCCUGAACUUGCCUACAGUGACAAUAGACGGAUUCACUAAUGCAACAUAUACUUUGCCUAAUAACAACUGUACACUCGAGCAAGUGUUUCAGUUUGUCGGACAGACCUUACCUCAAACUAGAGUUUUGACACUGGAGGGUGGUGAGCGACGCAAGGCACCUAGAGUUCUUCACUUUCCUGAACAGAGAAUCGAUCCGGCCAUUUACAAACCGCUACCUGUUCUCGAUUCAGUACAGACACUAGUGACUCGGGGUCAGUGGAAUCUCAUGAGGGACAACCAAGACUUUGCGACAGUUCUGAGUGCGCUGCCAGCACUCAAUGAGUGGCAGGGCUCAUACAGUAAACCAAAGUCAAAGAGCUACAUCACUAUGGCCGAAUUCCUUCCGCAAAUACCACGCCACAUUACAAAUUUGAGUCUUUGCCUCGAGAGCGACUACCGGCGAGAGGGAGUCAUGCCACCAUUUUAUAUGAAAGUGGCGCAGAAGACACACAUCUGCACCAGAAUGGCUGAAGCAUUACCAUCGUUAGAGCAUUUUGCCUACACUGGUCGUGUUUGCCACCAUCUUUUCGACCAGGCCGUUCGAUCUGUCGACCCACGCACUUCACGAUUAAAAACGCUCGACUUGACUGUCAAGAAUUGCUGCAGGUACAAUAUAAAUUUCCACGAAGCCGGCUCUGGUAUUCAAGACAUGGGAUUCAUUGAUGCCUUCGAGAAAUUGGUGCUAUGGGCCAUUCGAUCACUGGGAAAGCUCAAAGAGGUAGUCUAUCUUAGGAUUCGUUUUGUCGACCUCGACUCUGUUUUACCUCCUUUGAAUCCCUUCUUUAUUAUGCACAAUGGCGCCUGCUCUGGUGUUUGGAGUGAGAGAAUCUUGGCCGAGAUGGGGCGCGUCCGCCCAAGCGUUGUCUUCACAGAGCUGAGCGAGUCUUUUGGCAAUAUUGUCUACAACAAGGAUGGAAGAAUGGUUAUAACUCCCGAACCUCCAAGGACCAAGAUCACGUCACUGAAACUGUCAAAUUAUCGAUCUCUCGCGACAGGCAUCACGAUUCAAUAA